AUGGCGUCCGGCAUGUGGGAAGAGGUUCAAGCCGUCAAGACUGAAAACCGCCGUGAAUUAUCUCUACAGGGUCCUACUAUUAACAAAAAGAUUGAAGAUUAUGGACUAGAUGAACAUGUUUUCUCUCUGACAAGUUUAAAUUUACUGAAGAUUGCUGGGACGCCGCUUGAAGUGAUUUCAGAUAAGCUGGGGAACUUGUCGAACCUGACGACGUUGAUGCUUGGAAAUAAUAAACUGAAAGAACUUCCUUCAACCAUCGGCAACCUCACAUCUUUAAAAGUUCUUGAUGUUUCGGGGAAUAAGCUUCAGUCACUGCCGGAAACAAUAUCAAAUCUUGUGAAUUUAACAUCGUUGAAUGCAAAUUUGAACUCUUUAACUUCGUUUCCGAACAUCUCAGGGUUUAAAUUCUUGGCGUAUUUGAGUAUAUCUCGUAACAAGUUGAAAAGUCUCCCAGAAGGGAUUUGUGAUCCUAGUUUAAUACUUCUAAGUACCAUUGAUGCUGCUAAUAACGAGAUAGAAUCCUUGCCGUCGGACAUUUCAAACCUAUCGCAUCUGAUCACACUUAAUGUGGCUAGCAACAAAUUAGAUUCUCUCCCACUGGAACUCUGUGAAUGUCCCAAGUUGAAAGAAGUUAUUAUUGCUGAUAACAAGAUGAAGGAUCGAAAGUUAUUGAAGCUAGCUGAGCAUUCAACAAAAUCAUUACUAAACUAUCUCAGUACUCAGUUGGAUAAGCAAAGAGCAAGUGAAGAAGGAGGUGGUAAGGGGAAGAAAGAUAAAAAGAAGAAGAAGAAAGGAGACAAGAAAGGGGUUGAGGACCUAGAACGGGAUGUGAUGUCUGUACUUCAGUUUGAAUCAGAGAAAGGACUUGAGAUUUCCGUGACUGCUGGUGUGUUGUCUGUGAGGCAGUAUCUCGUCUGCUGUAUUGUCAGAAAUCUGGACUUCAACAAAUCAAAUAAUAUGUUCAAACGAUUUAUCAAUCUGCAGACCAGACUACAUGACACCAUUUGUGAAAGGCGACAGACGGCCACAAUUGCUACCCACGACCUGAAGGCAGUGAAAGGACCGUUAGUCUACGAUGCAGUGUUACCACACUUAAUACAGAUUACUCCGCUGUUUAAAACAAAAGUGACAACAGCAGAAGCCCUAAUGAAAGAGCUGAGAGAGCAGGCAGAAGCCUUCAGAAAGGAGAAGAAACGUAGCACCUUGAGUGGAAUUCACAAGUACCUGGACCUUCUGAAAGACAAGAGUCACUACCCCUGCCUCAGGGAUGCAGAUGGCGAUGUGAUCUCCUUCCCGCCAAUCACUAACAGUUACAAAACCAAAGUCUCCAAGGAGACGACCGACAUACUGCUUGAGGUGACCAGUACGGUGAGCCUCGAUGUCUGCAAGAAGGUCAUGGAAGAGCUUCUGUAUGCUAUACUGCUCAUCGGAGUGGGGACACCCUCGACCGGCACAGCUGACGAAGAUAAAGCCACCACAAAAGACGGUGAUGACAGCGAUUGCGAGGCUAAAGAAGAAGUGGACCUGAGCCGGAUGAAAACUCAGCAGAAGUUGACAGUGGAGCAAGUCAAGGUCAUCGACGGCCAGGGAAAUCUACGGGUCAUUUAUCCGUCCCGGGUGGAUCUGCAGAACCCAGCUUUCGAUGUGAUCAGGAAUUAUGAAUAA